AUGGUCAAAUUCGUCACCUUCAACACAGUCGCAGUCUUGACGCUUGCCGGCUCGGCCAUUGCUGCCGACAUCCACGGCAUGAACCGUUCCAACCAAAAGCUUCAUGCUCGUCAAAGCUCUGGUUCCAUCAUGGCAUCUGACUAUCAGAACGGUGCCACUGCCCCUGGUGCUCGUCCAGGCGACGCAGAAGGUCAAACCGUCGUCAUUGACAACGGUGGCGGUCACGACGAUAACUCACAACGUGAUGCUUGUCCUACCAUCUUUAUCGGUUCUGCCGCUGUCGGCGGUUCUUUCUCCACUGGUUGGACUGAUAUGCCCCAAGUUCUCGGUUUCGACACCAUGCGCGACCUCACUGUAGGCAACAACAUCGUUCAGCCUUACAUCAUCGAGCGUGGUAAAGACGCUUCCAAGGUCACCCGUGUUGUCAUAACCCAGCCUGGUCUGCCACGCGAUUACUGGAAGUAUGCCAACUUGGUGCGCAACUCGUUGCUCUGUGCUUCCGUCAACUCCACCCUCGCUAUCAACAGGGACGAAAUUCUGAUUGCUGCUCCUACUUGGUUCAGCACCAACGAUGCCAGCGCUGGUUCUGCUGGUUCCAACGAUCUUGUCUUCCGAGGUGGUGCUUGGUCCACUGGUGUUGAUUCUGCUGGACCCAACGGCGCUUCCAUCUCAUCCUACGAAGCGCUUGACGGCUUGAUCAACAAGUUCUUCGACAAAUCCACCUACCCCGCCCUCCAGCACAUCGUCAUUGCAGGCCACUCGCUUGGUGGGUCUUUCACUCAACACUACGCAAUGCUUCGCAAGUCCAACUCUGCCCAGGACGCCAGCAUCAGUUACUUUGUUGGUAACCCCGGCUCCUACGUCUGGCCUACCUCUGAUCGCCCUGUGACCAACCCAGGCGGAAGUUGUGCCAGCACAGCUAACCAAUGGCAAUACGGUCUUGAAGAUCUCCCUCCCUACGGAUCCGGUCAAGGUGGGGCCAACAGCAUCGCUUCUCGUUACUACGGUCGUAAUGUGAUGUAUGCACUUGGUCUGACGGAUAACGAGGGCGGUGACAGUCACUGUGAGGCUCAGUACCAGGGUACUUCGCACUUGACUCGUGGACAGAACUUCCAGAGGCAGUUGAGACAGGCGAACAACGGUAACGUUCCCAGCAGCCACCAGUUCAACUACGUUGCCAACGUAGCUCAUGAGGAUUACCUCAUUUUCAGUGAUCCUACCUCGCAAGAGUUCCUUUUCAAAGAGGGUGGCCAGGCAGCGGGAAACUCUAGCCCUUCGGCAAGUAGCAGGGGUGGAUCAGGCUCGAGUGCUGGUUCUACAGGAAGCGGCUCCGGGUCGAGCAGUUCUUCGCAGUCGAGCGGUAGCAGCAGUGGUGCCGAGAAGGUGGGUAAGGCUAUUGGUGUCGUGACGGCCGUUGCUGCUGCUGGUGCUGCUCUUGCCGCUCUUGUUUCAUAA